AUGGCGACUGUCAUUCACAACCCCCUGAAAGCGCUCGGGGACCAGUUCUACAAGGAGGCCAUUGAGCACUGCCGGAGUUAUAACUCGCGCCUGUGCGCAGAGCGCAGCGUGCGUCUCCCGUUCCUGGACUCGCAGACCGGGGUGGCCCAGAACAACUGCUACAUCUGGAUGGAGAAGAGGCACCGAGGCCCAGGCCUCGCCCCAGGCCAGCUGUACACGUACCCUGCCCGCUGCUGGCGUAAGAAGAGACGAUUGCACCCACCUGAGGAUCCGAAGCUGCGGCUGCUGGAAAUAAAACCUGAAGUGGAGCUGCCUCUGAAGAAAGAUGGGUUCACCUCAGAAAGCACCACCCUGGAAGCCUUGCUCCGUGGUGAGGGGAUCGAGAAGAAGGUGGACACCAGGGAGGAGGAAAACAUCCAGGAAAUACAGAGGGUUUUGGAAAAUGAUGAAAAUGUAGAAGAAGGAAAUGAAGAAGAGGAUUUAGAAGAAGAUAUUCCCAAGCGGAAGAAUCGGACCAGAGGACGGGCCCGUGGCUCUGCAGGUGGCAGAAGGAGGCACGACGCCGCCUCUCAGGAAGACCAUGACAAACCUUACGUCUGUGACAUCUGCGGCAAGCGCUAUAAAAACCGGCCGGGACUCAGCUACCACUACGCUCACACUCACCUGGCCAGCGAGGAGGGGGAUGAGGCCCAAGACCAGGAGACCCGGUCCCCACCCAACCACAGAAACGAGAACCACAGACCCCAGAAAGGACCGGAUGGGACAGUCAUUCCCAAUAACUACUGUGACUUCUGCUUGGGGGGUUCUAACAUGAACAAGAAGAGUGGGAGGCCAGAAGAGCUGGUGUCCUGUGCAGACUGUGGACGCUCUGGUCACCCCACCUGCCUGCAAUUCACCCUGAACAUGACCGAGGCUGUCAAGACCUACAAGUGGCAGUGCAUAGAGUGCAAAUCCUGCAUCCUCUGUGGGACCUCGGAGAAUGAUGACCAGCUCCUCUUCUGCGAUGACUGUGACCGCGGCUACCACAUGUACUGUUUAAAUCCCCCAGUGGCUGAGCCCCCAGAAGGGAGCUGGAGCUGCCACUUAUGCUGGGAACUGCUCAAAGAAAAAGCCUCAGCCUUCGGCUGCCAGGCCUAGGGCCCCAGGUCACAGAAUGUGGCUUGCCGCCGGAAAGGCUGAAGCAGAGCCCAGUUGAAACCAGAUGGAGCCCCUACUCCCAUAUAUCCAGACAGACCAACCAUAAGGGACAUCAGUAACCACAGAGGGCGUGGACACGUGGAACCGAGGGGGCGAGAUAUCUGCUUAAUCCUAUACACGGGUUUCCGUUCUUCAGCCAGCCCCUCCUGUUUCUGCCAGAAAGAUCGUAAACUUUUGAAGAAGGACCCCAGCCACAGCCCUGUGGACCCCCCUCACAUUCACCCUAGCACUGCAGCCCUCUCACUGGUUCCCAUUUAAGGAACCACUGGUCCCAUUUUGUGACCACCCAUCAGUCACUCAUGCGUGGUUUGGUGUUUUCUAUCUAUUGUGUUCCAAGAAAUCUUCGCACAGCCUCCCUGCCCCCAGCUUAGCCUCUUCAUCCUGAACCCAGCAGAGGAGCAAAGGGCUGUGGAGAAGUUUUUAUUUAUUACAAGCCCCGCUGGAAACUUCUAGACUCGGAACCUACAGGCUGUCUAGACGAUGGAGCCCUGAAAUCCCUCCUUGUUCCUUGGUCCCUGUGAAGAGGAAGAGCU